AGAAGAACCAUGGCAAACUCUACAAGAUUGCGCCCAGAAAGUAGCCAGAAACGUCCGAUGCCAUUCCUUGAAAUCGAUAUAUCGUCAAUGUCAGAGACUAGAGCAGGGCUUUUCCAACAUGCUUACGAUUCACUGCUUCUAUAUCAAGGCAAUGGAGAAGAUCUCGUUACACUAAAAGACGCGUUGUAUGCUGUUUGUGGCGCUCUCCUGUACGCUGAAUCUUUCUGGACCGAACCUAAAGGCAUAUUUUGCCAACGAAAUCCUGGAUUUGGCAAUGAAAGAUGCGGCGCCGUCUGAGAAGCGAAGUGAUGUUUUGAUCUUCUUAGAGCCGUUCUACGAGAAUCUGGUCAACUCUGAAAUGGAUAUAAACAGACUUCUACCCUUAGUUGUGAGGCGUAAAGCGGAUCUGAUGGAGAAGAACAAGAGCAACGAGCUCGAAUGCAAGAUUACCGACAUCAUCGAGUACCUAUGUCGUCUGAUCACUUCACCAGAAAUGCGAUCCGGUGAGUCAUUCUCAGAAGCUGAAGUGGUUGAAGUUUGGAGGGGUCUCUUCAAAAUCCUUCUCCGAGACACAAGCGUAUAUUCAAAGAGCGGUGAGACAGUCGUUGUAGCCUCGAAAGGCGUUCAAGAAAUUCUGAACAAAGAGUUUGGCGAUCACAGCACAUAUGGUCGCAAAGCAGAUAUGCUCUUUAAAUCGAGAUCCGAACUAUGUAAUUUUGAGUUCAAGGCCGAAGGGACACCACAAUCAGAGAUAAUGGUACAAAACAGAAAAAACAUCCGACUAAAUCGAUGUAUCCUUGAACAUCUACGACGACUCGGUGUCUCUCGGCCGAGGAUAAUGUUUGCGGACUUUGAAGGGUUCUCUGGGUGUGUAUUUUUACUUCAGCCAUUUAGGGACAUCUAUACGAGCAAAUGUAUUGACUACCUAUCUGUGCCACGAAAUACAACGGAGUUCAAAGAGCUUCUCCAAGACGGAAACCUGAUUUCAUCGCUGUUGGUCAUUGUGGUAUGUUGUAAAAUUCCAAACCUUUAAUAAGUAUAGUACGUUCGUUUAAAGAUGCUUAUUAGAUGGAUUUUGAUAUCUGAUAGCAACACCUCCUUGAUUCGGAACAGGAGGUAAAUGAAGC